CAAGUAAUGAAGACAAAAAAUUAAUUCAACUCGACGCAUCGUAUCAUACGUGAGAUUUGAAAAAAAAAACAAAGCAACAAUGAAAAUUAUUAUUACUUUGUUGAUAAUUGCAACAGCAAUAAUGGCAAUUUUGGCUAGUCCAUUUGUCGAUAGACCUAGCGGUAAUCAACGAGGACAACCAAAACUACCACAAUUUCCUGGUCAGGGAACGUACAAUCCUGCACCAAGUGGACAAUGGGGCAGAGGAUAUUGAUCGCAUAAUGUAAAUCUGUACUUGUGAACAACAAGCUAAUUCUUUCAAUAUUGUAAAAAUAAAUAAAUAAAUUCCAUUUAAAACAAAAAAUAAUAAUAAAUUUUCUUGAUUAAAUUUUUUUUUAACGAAGUGAUGUUAAAUUUGUUUGACAUUGUCGCAAAUCUAUUGACCCUGACAUAAUAUUAUAUCAAUAAAAAAAAAAAUAAAUAAACGUUUCUUUUAAUAAACGCAAAGGCAGAUGUAUCAACGAUGAAGGAAAAAUUAUCAGCUGAACAAAUUUGAUUAAUGAAAAUAUCUGUGAUCAAAUAAAUUACGUAAUCUUAUUCAAAUAUUGCAAUUCAUAUAAAUUGAUGGUAUAAUCAAUACUGGGGUGUAGUUCAUUGUUAUACUCACUUUUGAGAAUGUUUCGACUAAAUUUAGUGGUGGCAAGCAUAUUUGCUGUGUGCCUGGUAGUAUCAGUAUCAUGUGAUUCACCAGUUGAAGGAAAACCAGAAGCACCAGUUCACGAUGAGCCAUUAUCGACUUCAUCAUCAGUCUCAUCAUCUGUAUCAUCAGGAGCAUCAUCAUCUGUACCAGGAGCAUCAUCUGCGGCAUCAUCAGCAGCUUCAGCUUCUGCUGCAACUGGAUCAGCACCAGUAUCUUCAGCAUCUGGAGCAUCAUCAGCAGCAUCAUCAUCCGUACCAGGAGCAUCAUCAUCAGCAUCGUCUGGAGCGUCUGGAGCAUCAUCAUCUGUACCAGGAGCAUCAUCUGCAGUAGCAUCAUCAGCUUCAUCUUCUGCGGCAGCAGUAUCAGCUGAAGUACCAGCAUACCCACACACAUACCCACCACCCACAUCAACAUCACCACCUCCUCCGACCCCAACUACAGAUAAUUCGUUACCAACACCAUGGUACCCAGAGCCAUCACCACCACCAUGCCCACCCACAUCAACAUCACCUCCUCCUCCAACCCCAACUACAGAUAAUUCAUUACCGUGGUACCCACACCCAUCACCAUCAGAACCAUGGUAUCAACCACCAUCACCAUCAGAAUCUUGGAAUUUACCACCUCCAGCACACGGAUGGGGAUUCCCAUGUUCUAAAGUAGGUAAUUUUCCUGAUCCACACUCAAAGAACUUUAUAAGUUGUGUUGAAAAUCCUGUAGGUGGAUAUUUUGCUAUUCCACGAGCAUGUCCUGGUGUAUUAUGUUACAACGCAGCAAUUGAUGCUUGUGACUGGCCAAAAAAUGUUAUUCAAUACUCAUAAGCUUAAUUUGUAAUUUUUUAUUAUUUUCUUCAGGAUUACGACUAUUAAAUGUCAAUAUAUUAAAUUAUCAAUAAGAUAAAUAAAAUAAUAACACAUUUUCUUGGACAUACAUUGUUAAGAUAUAUCGUUUUUGAUAAAAGAUUAUUAUUAUUAAUAAAACACGCAAUUAUAA